AUGUCAACAUAUAAUACUCCAAAUCGUCUACGAUAUACACCAAAAGCAACUCGUACCUAUGAAUCAAGUGACAGUGGAACACCAAGUCCUGCUCGUUUUCGUUCAAAACGUAAUUGUAAUGAUAAAAAUUCAUAUCGAAAAACGAAAUUUGAAGCAAAUUUUGAUGAAAAUGCAAAUGAUCAAUUUCAUCAAGAAAUUUCUACUCCAACGAAAUCAUCAAAUAAACUUCAUAUUAGAAAUGAUGAAAAAUUGUUACGAACAUCAAAACCAAGUUUUGAAGAAGAACAAGAAGAAUUAAAAAAAUCUUUAUCAAAAGAUUGGUGUGAUAAAAUGGAUAAUGAAGAAGCCGAAGAAAAAAAAUUACAUAGUUUUAUUUUGUAUCUUAAACAAUUUUCUAUACAUGAAAAUAAAACAACAGAAGAACUUCUUGCUUCUAUUGAAUGUUGUCCAAAAGAACUUUUACGUCGACAAAAAGAAAUUAGUAAAGGAAAACUAUCGAAAUCAUAUGAAACUUAUAUAUCAAUUAUACCUCGAAAAUGUCGUAUACGACAACAUCCACGAACACCAUGCAAAUAUGCAAAAAUGUCUCGACGUGGUUUUGAUGGUACUAUUAAAGCAUGGCGUCGAAAAUUGCAUGAAUUUAAUGGAGAUAAAACAAAAGAAAAUAAUAGUACUAAUGACGAUGAUUCAAUCUCAUCAUCUCAACGUAGUGAUGAUUAUUCAACAUCGUCAUCAAUGUGUAUGGAUGAAAAUGAUCUUCCGGAUUUAUAUGAUUUUGAAGAAUCACUUAUAAAUAAUAACAAUAAUAAACAUAUUGAAUCAAAAUUCGAACCAUUGAUUGAUUUGAAUGUUGCUGAUUCCAUGGAUACAAUUAUUAAUAAUGUUGAUUCACGUUCAGCUAUGGCAUUUGAUUGA